AUGUGUAAAUAAGAUAAUGCAGUCUUUUGUGAUCUUUUAUGUAAAGUUCUGUUUAUAACAAUGGGAUACCUUUACAUAGGUUAUGCUCUAACUUAUUAUGCAAUCACUUAGGACUCAAUUGCAUAUGUUUUGGACUUUUAACAUUCCCCAAACAAAAGUGUUAUUGAAGGUUUUGUUAAUGCAUCUCUUUCAAUAGGAGCAGCUGUUGCAGCUUUAGUAUCAUGUAAAUUUUUUUUGCAAUAAACUUGUAGCUAUGAUAGUUAACAAGCUUAAUUAUCGCAAUACCUUCAUUCUUUUUGAUAUAAUUGGAAUUUGUAUAGGAUUGUUAUUUACAAUUGAAAACUUAAAUGUUUUAAUAUUAUGUAGAACCUUAUAAGGAUUCUUAACAGGUUUGAAUAGUGCUCUAGUCAUUCAAUACAUCUAUCAUUUUGUACCUCUGAACAAUGUUGGAAUAUUUGUUGGGUUAGGUCCAUGUCUUAUGAUGGUAGGCUUAACAUUAGGAUUUGCAGUAUAAUGGAUAUUUCUUGGAUUACCAGCCUCUGAAUAUAAUGUCGAUCAGGAUUAUGGAUAUUUAGGAUUUAACAAUUGGAAAAUUAUUUUUUUAUUCACAGCCAUUCCCUGUAUUAUUCGUCUUUUUGGUAUGGUUUUCAUUUUGACAACUAAAUUGCCUUUUGAAUAAGUGAAGAAAGGAAAUGAUGAAAAAGCAAUAUUAUAAAUAUAAAGUUCUUAUCCAAGUACGACAACCAAUGAGGAAAUUCAGGAAUUAUUAAUAUAAAUUAAAUAAAAUUUAAAGGAAGAAAAUUAAAGUAUUAAAGAUUUAUUUAGUAAGUCAUAUAGAAAAAGUAUGAUCUUAUGUAUGAUUUUUGGAGUACUUUAAUAAUUUGCUGGAAUUAAUGCUGUAAACUUUUAUGCUGGUGCUAUAAUUGGUGCUAUGACAAAUAAUAACAUAACAUUAAUUAAUUUAGCUAAUGUUACAAAUGGUUUAGUAAGUAUUGCAGCUUCUAUAUUCAGCAGUAUUAUGAUUAAUAGAGCAGGUAGAAGGAUUGUAUUAUUAAUUGGUAAUGCAUUUUGUUUUAUAUCAUUAACAUUCAUAUGUUUAAUCAUUUCAAUUUAAUCAUAAGGGGAUAAUGAUGAAAAAAACUAUUAGAUAUUUAAUCUAGUUUUUUUAGUUAUUUAUGUUAUUUCAUAUAGUCUUUCAUUAGGUCCAGUAUUUUGGGUUUAUCUAUCAGAAGUAUUACCUACUAAAGGAAUAUCAUUAGUCACUUUUAUUAAUUGGAUAAGUUGUGCUAUUUUAGCUUAAAUUUUUCCCAUUAUUGUUGAAUAACUGAGUUUAUAAUUCAAUUUUGGAAUAUUUGCAGCAGUAUGCUUAUUAUUGGAAAUUAUGUUUUAUUAUUUUUUUUUUGAAACUAAAGGUUUAACAAAAAAUGAAAUAUAAAAUCUAUUUUAAAACAAAAAGAAAUACGUUGAUUUAAAUGACUGA